CGCUGAUGUUUCCCAGAAUGCUUUGCAGCAUGCAGUCGCAGAUGUUUGUCCAGCCGUCGCUCUUCCAACAAUGCAGCCCGUAACGUUGCUGUGACCACUGCGCGAUGGAAACACUGGAGCUCCGCGGACUUGUUCGGAAGCUGCCGCCGUGUCACCGUCAGCUCUGAGGACUCCCAGCCGCCGCCAUGUCUGCCAGGCAGCGCCGCUGCAGCUCGUAGACCAUCCCGGAGCCUCCACAGGCGGUUACUGUGUCCAUCGCCAUCAAUGGAGCCAUAGGAAGAAUUGCAAGGAAACUUGAAAUGCUUCGUUUAUGGAGUGUACCCUGGCAGAAGUUUCAAAAUGAAGUCGAUAAAGAAAACAGCAUCUCCCUGCAGUCCUGCUGAUCUGUGAGCAGCCAUGCAUCGCCUAACAAGGGACGAUCCCCCUUCGUUUUUAGCUCAGUUUCUUUUCAUAGAUUUGGAGAAUAACUGAACCCCCACUAUAGAGAUGGCAUCGGCGUGUGUGGGAGAUACCGCAGAGUACAUACUGGAGUACAGGUGAGGCUGAGCCUCUCCCCCGAAUCCCAAAGGAUUCUCAGAGCGCGCAGACAGCUACGGAUGACUUUCCCUGAAGGACAGAGUCAAAUCCCAGCUUUCACGAUUUAAUAUCCAACCCACUACCUCGUCGACAAGGUCAAUUAUGGCUGCUGCUUCCCAUAGCAACAGUUCUUCAGUUGACGAAGUGACAGACUGAAAGUCAGCGAUGCAGCGUAACAGUGGUGGGGUGGGUGUUGGAGGGCAGCCAUGGGUGUUGCGGCGCGUGCGACUCACCUGGCUGAGUUUCAUGCUCUUCUUCAUCUUGGUGUUCUUCCCACUCAUCGCUCACUACUACCUCACGACCAUAGAUGAAGCCGGGGGUCCCGACAAGCGCAUCUUCGGGCCGCGACCCGGCGGCGAACUGUGCGAGGCCAAACACGUGCAGGACUUGUGCCGCAUUCGUGAGUCGGUCAGCGAGGAGCUGCUGCAACUGGAGGCGAAGAGGCAAGAGCUCAACGGCGAGAUCGCCCGACUGAACCUACGGAUAGAGGCGUGCAAGCGCAGCAUCGAUAGUGCCAAGCAGGACCUGCUGCAACUGAAGAAUGUCAUCAGCCAGACGGAGCAUUCCUACAAAGAACUGAUGGCCCAGAACCAGCCCAAACUCUCGCUACCCGUACGGUUACUGCCAGACAAGGACGAUCCAGGACUACCACCUCCUAAGUCCGCGCGCUCCUGUCGCCUACGUUCUUGCUUCGACUACUCCCGCUGUCCUCUUACAUCCGGGUUCCCGGUAUAUGUUUAUGAAACUACUUCCUACCCAUGGGGAAGCUAUAUAGACCCUUUGGUGAAACAGGCUUUUGCUUCAUCAGUCAAAAGCAACAUUUACGUAACGGACAACCCCAGCAUCGCCUGUCUUUAUCUAGUACUUGUGGGGGAGAUUCUCGAUUCUUUCUCUCCUCCUCCGUCUCCUUCAGAGCUGGAAAAGCAACUUAAAGCUCUUCCUUACUGGAGAUCUGAUGGACACAAUCAUGUACUUGUCCAUCUUUUUAGAAAGUCCAUGACCCAGAACUUCCUGUACAAUGUGAGCACAGGACGGGCAGCGGUUGCUCAGUCCACAUUCCUGGAGCAGCAGUAUCGCGAGGGCUUUGACUUGGUUGUGUCUCCGCUGGUCCACGCCCUUUCCGAACCAAACUUUUUGGAAGUUCCACCUCAAGUUCCCGUAAAAAGGAAGUACCUGUUCACCUUUCAGGGCGAGAAGUUGGAGUCUCUGAGGAGCAGCUUACAGGAGGUCCCACCUCAGUCUUUCGAAGAGGAAAUCGAGGGGGAUCCGCCAGCCGACUACGACGAUCGCAUAAUCGGCACCUUAAAAGCGGUACAGGACAGCCACCUGGAUCAGGUGCUGGUCGAGUUCACCUGCAAAAACCCAAGGGCAAGCUUGCCAACAGAGUGGGCUCUCUGCGGAGAGCGGGAAGACAGGCUGGAAGUCCUCAAGGUUUCCACAUUUGCGCUGGUGAUUACCCCAGGGGAUGGACAGUUAGUGGCUUCAGCAGGCUGCAAUAUGCGGCUGUUUGAGGCCUUAGAAGUAGGGGCCAUCCCAGUCAUUUUGGGGGACCACUGCAAACUACCGUACCACCAGUUUAUACGCUGGAGUGAAGCAGCUAUUAUUGUGCCCAAGCCUCGUGUCACGGAGCUCCACUUCCUGCUACGCAGCCUGUCGGACAACGACAUGCUGGCCAUGAGGCGGCAAGGACGCUUUCUGUGGGAAACCUACUUCUCAACCUCAGAAAACGUUCUAAACACCAUUCUAGCCAGUAUCAGAACCACCGUUCAGGUUCCCGCUGCGCCCAUAAGGGACGAACCUGCUCAUGAGAUUCCUCACAAGGCAGGAAAGCUGGCAGGGACUGAUGCUAACUUGGCUGAUAACGGAGAUCUGGAUCUGGGUCCUGUAGAGACGGAACCACCCUAUGCAUCUCCUCGCUUUCUCCGCAACUUCACAUACACAGCCGCAGACACGUAUAGAGCAUGGAACCGGGCCCCGGGGCCUUUCCACCUGUUCCCCCACACUCCUCUGGACCCCGUGCUUCCCUCCGAAGCCAAGUUCCUCGGAUCUGGUACUGGUUUUAGACCUAUCGGCGGGGGAACGGGAGGCUCCGGGAAGGAGUUUCAGGCUGCUCUUGGUGGGAAUGUGCCGCGAGAGCAGUUCACCGUGGUCAUGCUGACGUAUGAAAGGGAAGAGGUGCUGAUGAACUCUCUGGAGAGGUUAAACGGACUGCCAUACCUUAACAAAGUGGUAGUGGUGUGGAAUUCACCCAAGCCUCCUUCCGAAGACCUGCUAUGGCCGGAUAUCGGCCUUCCAAUCGUGGUCGUUCGCACAGAAAAGAACAGCCUGAAUAACCGCUUCCUUCCGUGGGACGCCGUGGAAACCGAGGCCAUCCUGUCCAUCGAUGACGAUGCCCACCUUCGCCACGAUGAGAUCAUGUUUGGAUUUAGAGUGUGGCGUGAAGCCAGGGAUCGCAUCGUGGGUUUUCCUGGCAGGUACCACGCAUGGGACGUCAACCAUCAGUCCUGGCUUUACAACUCCAACUACUCCUGUGAGCUGUCCAUGGUGCUGACAGGAGCCGCCUUCUUCCACAAGUACUACGCCUACCUGUACUCGUACGUGAUGCCCCAGGCCAUCCGAGACAUGGUGGACGAGUACAUAAACUGUGAGGACAUCGCCAUGAACUUCCUGGUUUCUCACAUUACCCGCAAACCACCCAUCAAGGUGACCUCUCGUUGGACCUUCCGCUGCCCCGGCUGCCCUCAGGCCCUUUCACACGACGACUCGCAUUUCCACGAGCGCCACAAGUGCAUCAACUUCUUCGUCAAAGUCUACGGCUACAUGCCGCUCUUGUACACGCAGUUCCGCGUGGACUCUGUGCUGUUUAAGACUCGGCUACCCCACGACAAGACCAAGUGUUUCAAGUUCAUCUAGACACACAAAUGCAGCGUGGAUUCAAGAAGUAAAAAACGAUCAAUGGACGACUGAACUGCCAUGGAAAACCUUCAGGUUUUGGGAAAUUAAGAAGGACUACCUUCCAGUUAAUAAAGUGGAAGCUGCUUUUUCCUCCCUUUUCAAUCACCACUAGAUGUCAUUUGCACCUCUAACCUUUCUGCUGGCGGCAGAGACGCCAUCGGAUACAGAGAAUCGUACGGUUGGAAACUGUUGUACAUAAGAAGCACUGACAGUCAAAAGUAUUUUAUUGAACUCCUUCAUUUUUUUAAGUAAUGUUUAAAUGUGUACAUCUAUGUGGGGUUAACAUUUUCCAGAGCAUCCGUCUGUGGAAGGAAAUGGAUCACGUUUAGGACGAGUUUCACUGUCACCAUAUUGCCUCCGAUCCGCCAUAAAAACCAGCCGUCAUGACGUUCCACCAACAUGAUCUGCACUCUGUGAUGUGUUUGUAAAAAAUGGUUUUAGGGUCAUCGUUUUGACCAGAGCAACAGGAAAAACUGUAGGUUUUUGAUGUUUAACUAAGGCUUUAAUCAUGCAGAGAGAUGAGGAGACUGUAGAAUGCUGGGAAAAUACACGCUUGUUUUCUGAUGGAGAUCAAUAACUUUCUCAGUUGUUAAAUGAGAAGCCACAAGCACUUCUGGCACUCGCUGAUGCAUCGCGGAUCGUUUUAAGAGUCGGAUUAUUUCAAGGCUCCGACUCAGUUGCCAGGAAACCUGACGGUACUCCUGAGGACAGACUCGUAAAAAAAAAAAAAAAAAAAAAUUUAACAGAUUUGAGAUUUAAGCCCAUAUUCUGGUCUGUCAGAAGCAGAUUUUUUUUUAUUAUUCCCCCCAGAAAGUAGAAGAGUUUUAACAUAACUCACAACUAUUAUACAUCUUUAUAUAUUCUCAGCGCCACUUCUCCGUGUUGCCAUGUGAUUGAAUGUCUUCUUUGCCAAAAUGGUACGACGUUUGCAGCUUUCACAGCAUCGUUCGGAGGAUACUCGUAGACGGGGGGGGAUGCUGUCUGGUACAUCCACCACUGCAUGGUACUUAAUGUCAAACCACUGGAGCCCAACUCCUGUUAGCAAUCCAAAAUCCCACACUACAACUUCAAUUUCCCCUGCUUUUUUCUGUAACCGUGCUUUCAUGAAACCAAUUUACAAAUCGAAUUGUUUAUUUAUUGAAAACAUCAUUAAAGAUUGUUUUUUUUAACGGAUAAAUGAACAAAA